AUGCAAGAUGACGGAUUCAAGUCCUGGGGUAUCGCAAUAUACCGAACCACUUAUAAAAGCGACUCGGACUGGGAAGAGUUCCUCCGCCGAUUCCUGGGCCAGGUCCGCCGGACACUAGAAUACUAUGAAGGUCUCGAUAUGUGGGACUCGUUCCGGCCUACUGUGAUCGAGGAUAAGAUUCAGUUUGAUGAAGCGACACCCGCUCAGAUACGAGACGCUUUUAAUGAGUGGGCGAGGACGGCCUGUGAGACGGAGCAAGGGGUAACCUAUGACCGUGCGGAGUGGGCGUAUGGAGCCCGAUACCGGCUUUGUAUCUUGGUUGAUGAGGAUGCAGUGCGCUCCGUGUUGGAUAUUCCGGAGGAUGAAUUGGACGAGUUGAAUACUACUGGGUUUGUGGUGAUGAUAAAUGGGCGGUGGGCCCCAGAAAUUCCUGAGGGGGAGGAAGAAGAUGAUGAGUAUGAGCCAUUGUACGGCUGUACGCGGGAAGAUGUGGGCUGGAUGAAGGUUCACUAUGAUCGAGCCCAGAUUGUAGCCUCUACGACUAUGCGCAAUGAGUCGGAUUGGGACCUCGAGUAUCAACGGCCACCGGCUAUUGGUUUUAAUUCUUGA